UCCCUCAACUUGACAGCGAACGCACCAAACCAAUGUGAAUCGCUGUCAUUUAACUAAGGCCGCCGCCCCCUUUUUUCCUCUCACUCUCCGCUGUCGUCCUCCUCUUUGGAUUGACUGCGAGCGACAGCUGCCUAUGCACAGUUCAUCUUCGCGAAGUUGGGAGUAACCAAAGGCAUGCCGCUGGCUCGCAGCCUCUCUGCCACGUCCCUCUCAGGACUGGAGGAGUGGGAUGAGGACUUUGAUUUGGAGGAUGCUGUUCUUUUUGAAAUCGCCUGGGAGGUCGCUAACAAAGUUGGAGGCAUCUACACCGUCAUCCAGACCAAAGCCCGUCUGACCUCAGAGGAAUGGGGGGAGAACUAUUUCCUGGUGGGUCCCUACGUGGAGAGCAACGUGCGCACUCAGGUGGAGCUGAUCGAGCCCACCAACCCCGUGAUGAAGAGAACCAUUGACAAGAUGAAUUCCAGUGGGUGUAAGAUCUACUUUGGCCGCUGGCUUAUUGAGGGCAGUCCCUACGUUGUUCUGAUCGAUGUCGGGUUCACUGCCUGGUCUCUGGACCGCUGGAAGAGCGAGCUUUGGGAGCUUUGUGACAUCGGCGUGCCUUGGUUCGACCGCGAGGCCAACGACGCUGUGCUGUUCGGAUUCCUGACGGCCUGGCUCCUGGGAGAGUACACAGCUCAGUGUGAGGACCCUCCACAUGUUGUUGCCCAUUUCCACGAGUGGUUGGCCGGCCUGGGCCUCGUGCUGUGUAGACAGAGACAGCUGUCCGUUGCAACCAUCUUCACCACUCAUGCUACACUGCUGGGACGAUAUCUGUGUGCUGGAAAUGUGGACUUCUAUAACAACCUUGCAGAGUUCAAUGUGGAUAAGGAAGCAGGCGACAGACAGAUCUACCAUCGCUACUGUUUGGAGCGGGCAGCUGCUCACUGUGCCCACGUCUUCACCACCGUAUCACAAAUUACAGCCAUUGAGGCAGAGCACCUGCUCAAGAGGAAACCAGACAUCGUCACCCCCAACGGGCUCAACGUGAAGAAGUUCUCGGCCGUGCACGAGUUCCAAAACCUCCACGCUCAGAGCAAGAAUCGGAUUCAGGAGUUUGUCAGGGGACACUUCUACGGGCACCUUGACUUCAACCUAGACAAGUGUUUGUUCCUCUUCAUUGCUGGAAGGUACGAGUUCUCCAACAAAGGAGCGGAUAUCUUCCUGGAGGCUUUAGCCAGACUCAACUAUCUACUGAGAGUCAACCACAGUGAUGUAACCGUCAUUGCGUUCUUCAUCAUGCCAGCUCGGACAAACAACUUCAACGUUGAGACCUUAAAGGGCCAGGCAGUCAGGAAACAGCUCUGGGAUACAGCUCAGACUGUGAAGGAACGCUUCGGAAAGAAACUCUAUGAGUCUCUUCUAGUUGGGCAGCUGCCAGAUAUAUCAAAGAUGUUGGACAAAGAGGAUUUCACCAUAAUGAAGCGCGCCAUCUUUGCGACUCAGAGGCAGUGCCAGCCUCCGAUCUGCACCCACAACAUGCUGGAGGACAGCAGUGACCCCAUCCUCAACUGUGUCCGCCGCAUCGGCCUUUUCAACAGCUCUGCUGACCGUGUCAAGAUCAUCUUCCAUCCAGAGUUCCUGUCGUCCACCUCUCCUUUACUCCCGAUGGAUUAUGAGGAGUUUGUAAGAGGCUGCCAUCUUGGUGUCUUCCCCUCUUACUACGAGCCUUGGGGCUACACACCGGCUGAGUGCACAGUCAUGGGAAUCCCAUCGAUUUCAACUAACCUGUCAGGCUUCGGCUGUUUCAUGGAGGAACACAUAGCAGACCCCUCAGCAUACGGUAUUUACAUCCUGGACAGGCGGUUUCGGGGGGUCGACGAGUCAUGUAACCAGCUCACUUCCUUCCUGUUCCAGUUCUGCAAGCAGAGCCGACGCCAGCGGAUCAUCCAGAGGAACCGGACUGAGCGCCUGAGUGACCUCUUGGACUGGAGAUACCUCGGCAGGUAUUAUACAGCUGCUCGUCAUAUGGCCCUGGCUAAAGCCUUCCCUGACACUUACCUAUAUGAACCCCAGGAGCCCACCUCAACCACAGGUUUCCGCUACCCCCGACCCGCCUCUGUGCCGCCGUCCCCAGCUCUGUCCCGCCACUCCUCCCCCCACCACAGCGAGGCCGAGGACAACGACGAAGAGGAGCGCUAUGACGAGGACCUGGAGGCAGAGAAGGACCGGGUGAACAUCCGCCAGCCCUACACCACGCCGUUCAAAAACAAGUCUCCUGCCAUCUACGGGGGCAACAGUAACGGCGACGGCGUCACGAACGAGAAAAACUGAGACACGCGCAGACACACACAUACAGUACAUGCUAAACCUCACUAGGGAAACUUUAUCUGUGGAAAAAAAAAAUUGUUACAGUCAUCCAUGUACUCACCACCUUUAUAAAUGAGUGCAGUUGUGAACGCGAGUUAUAAGUUUAAUACCUGCUUGUUGUGAAAAAUUGCAUCACUGUCAGUGUCUUCCCAACCUGUGCGUACCUCAGAAUUUUAAAAACAAAUAUCUGUCAGUUUGAUAUGUUUUGGUAUUUUUUCAGUUACACCAGCAGUGCAACCAGUGGUUUGCUUUGUGGAGUAAAUGCAGCAGCUAGAAAGGGCUAAUCAACAGCUCAGUAUGGGGGGAAAAAAAUCUGGAUUGCUGGAUUUUGUAGAGUACUAACACUGGAUAACAUAGGUCUAAAGAAUUGGAAAAAAUAACAGGAUUAUUAUGAGUCUCUGGAGGGGAUUUUUAUACUUGAUUCAAAGGCGGGUCAGAGCAGGGAAAACAAUAUAACCCUCCUUUCUACCAGCUUGCCAUCUUUACACAUUCAAAGCAGGAUCAGCUACGUUCCAGCUAAAAAGGCCCAUGUAAGGACAGUGUCAGUUGCUGUUAGUAGCCACAGAUCAGGAUCCAUUCUUUUUACUUGUGUUUGACUUAGAAGUGCGAUAAUGAACACAGUGCUUCAAACUCAACUGUCCACCUUAUUGUAGCAUUUUUUUUUUCUUUAUUUCAAAUGCCUUGUUUACGACAAAACUUCCCAGAAUGGAAAUAAAAUGUAAAUGCACACACACACACACACACACACACACAAUAACACAUAGCAUGAAUAGUGUGUGUGUUUUCAUUUUGUUUCCGAGCCUUACUGUAUCACAGCCCCUCAGCGACGAUCAUCGAUCAACAACCUCACACUCCUGUUUAUCCUGUACAUCUGUGUGUGUGUGUGUGCUUUUGUGUAGAUGGAUAAUCCUGGGUUUGCCUUGUUUUCGGAAAGUAUUUAUUUGUGAGAGGGAAAGGGAUGAGGCAGGUAGAGGGGUGGGAGGACUGUGUCCUGUGAUUGAAACCGUGUUCUCAGAUGAAAGACAUGCUGUAAGAGAAAUGUCUGGAAAAGGAGUUGGAUGGAAGAAGGAAAAUGGUUUUUACCAGGCAUAUGCUCACACUCCCUGUAAGAGUUUUAUCAUUUGUUACAAUCUUGCACCAGAUGAACUUAUAAUAAAGUUUAAAUAUAUAAAUAUA